CAAUUAACAAUUGCUAAUUCAACUCUAAUUUAUAUUAUCAAAUUCUCAGAGAAAAAGACAUUAAAACCUCUGUUUGUCCUCUCUCUGACAACAAACCAACCACCAUACCAAUUUACAAACAUACUAAUCGAUCCUCCUCUCAUUCUCUUGGUGUGAUCCUACAACAACAAUAAUAAUACUCAACCAGUACAAGAGAAGAUUUUCAAUAUGGGAAAUACAAAGUCCAACAAUAAGAUACCUGCCAUUCUUUGUGAACCUACCUAUCACAUCUAUUCUGAUACUGGUGCUUGGGAUGUGGCCACAUUGAAAAAGUUGGUCAUUGAUGGUCGACUUGCUCCAUUCUAUCCACCUGUUUCUGAAGUACCACCAAUUCCUACAACUAAUACCAACAACAAUACAAUAAUUACUACUACUGCCAAUCAUUCUCAUCAUCAUACUAACAAUAACUCAACUACCACCACAACUUCACAAGAACAAAACCGUGGGAGAAAACGAUCAACAAAUUCAUCAACUCCUGAUCGUAAAUCAUCCAUUCUCUCCCGAUUCCAUACCAUUCUUCAUGUAAAUAAUAAUAACAAUGAAAAUAACAAUCAUUCAACAGCUGUUGAACAAACUUCCUCUGCUGAACCACAAGCACCAAGACCUCUCGAUGAAUUUUACGAUGAGUGUCCUAUCUGUAUGAUGUACUAUCAGGGAGGAAUGAACGUUGCCAAAUGUUGUUCCCAACGAAUUUGUUCAGAGUGUGUUAUUCAAAUAUGUAAACAAGGACCAAAGCAUGCAGAGACUAGCUCAGUUUGUCCCUUCUGUAAAUCUUGUCCUUUCAAGAUUGACUACAAGGGACCAAAGCCAUGGUCUCAACGUUGUAGAGAAUUAGAAGAAGAACAAGCUGUCAUUCAAUUGAAAAUUAAACAUCAACAAGAGGAAGACAAGCAACAGGAAGAGGAAAGAAAGAAACGUUUAGAAUCUUCCAACUCUCUCAAUAACUCUCAACAAGAUGCUUCCAUACUGAGUAAUUUAACAAGAAACAACAAUACUAAUACCAGUUUCACAAGUACUACAACCACCACUACCACUAACACCUUGUCUAAUAAUAAUAGCUUUUCUUCACCAACCAUUUCUACUCCUUCCACCAAUUUGGUCAAUCCUGCUUCUGGUAUUUCAUUCCUGGAGACAUACUUUGCCAAUAGACGUAUGAAUGAACAUCAACAUCAACAACAACAACAACAAACUGAAGAAAGUUUAACCACCACUACUAACAAUUCUACCACACCUACCUCCUCUACCUAUUCCACACAAAAUCAAGACAAUGAUGAUUCUUACUUUAGAUAUAUUUUCGGAACAGACAGAGCUCCUUCAUCACCAACAAGAACAUUGCAACAUGCUCUCAUCUCUCGUCUUCAGAAUCGAUUCUUCAUAGAGGAUGAUACUGCUGAUGAGGAUGAAGAAGAGGAUGAACACGACUAUUUGGGUUACUAUUUGGCAGGUAAUCGUUCGCCAAUCAGAAGACCUGCUGGUCCAAUUUAUAAUAACACUAACAACAAUACUAGAGUUGGUACACCAAAUAGAGCUACUAAUAACAAUGCUGCAAUGAGUUCUUCUACUGUCACUCCAACAACAAACAAUAUCUCUUCAACACCAGCCAAUGACCACAUUGAAGGAUUGCCAACCUUUUCUGAUUUCAUUCCAAAUUCCAUUGAUGUCACUAACGUGUCGGCUGAUGACGAAAUGUUGAAUGAGGCCAUUCGUCUCUCACUGUUGGAACAAGGAACCACUCACCAUGAGUCUGUGAUUUUGGAUUUUAAUAUUCCUAUUAAUCAUACAAAUACUAGUAAUAAUAUCAGUAAUAAUAUCAGUGUAGGAAUUAACACCACAACAACUCAACAAUCAAUUUCCAUCUCACCAAUCAUUUCAUCACCACUCUCAACUCUUCCAAAUCAUUCGGCAAAUACAAAUCAGACAAUCAGUAAUAGUUCUGUCACUUUUGAAGAAAAUGAUGAGGAACUUCAAAUGGUUCUCAGAUUGAGUUUGUUGGAUAAGUAAUGUACAAAAAAAACAAAACACAUUAAAGAAUUCUAUUUUAUCUUCUUGU